AGGCGAGGCUUUUGAUAUCUGUCACCAGCCGAGCUGUCAAACCAGCAAGCACAACAAAAAGAGUUGUGCAUUCGUUUAGCCGCAUCUGCAGGCUGCGCGAUAUAUGUUGGCUAAAAAACAGUGAUUUUUAUAGUUUUGAGACAAAAUGUAGCACAAAAAUGUGCUGAAAACAAGAUCGCAAUUGAAGUGAAACCAUUUUCUCAAGUGGAACGGUGUUUUUUACCCAGCUAAAUUGUACAGCCGGCGUCUGGCGGUGGACUUCAGCGUGGCGCGUAGUCUGGUUGAAAGUAUUAGAAAAAAGCCGGGUCUACGAUAGGAAUAUUAAGUUGCAAAACAGAAUCGUUGUUGUGCCAAAAGAGGAAGUGGAAGGAAAGUGACGAUUUAAUGAGAGUUUAGUGAGCUAGACAGUUCUUGCUCGAUGUGCAACCGGGACAUGAAGAAUGUUUGUGGUUAAAAUGUGAAUAUUACAAGUAUUGUCAAGAACUGGAACCAUCUUUAGCAUUGGUUUGAACACCCGGUAGAAAAGCAUACCGGAAGCGGAAGAACAGAUCUUAAGAGUACGGAACGCAACAUACUUAUCAUCCCUCAAAAUGUGGCACGAAGCGCGCAAACAGGAAAAGAAGAUCCGCGGCAUGCUGGUCGAUUAUCGGAAGCGGGCCGAACGAAGGCAGGACUUUUACGAGCGUAUUAAAGCCGACCCGACACAGUUCCUUCAAGUGCAUGGACGCAAAUGCAAAAUACACCUGGACGCCAGCGUCGCGACAGCUGCCGAGAAUCCUGCAAUCAUGAUGCCAUGGCAGGGACAGAAGGAUAAUCUGAUCGAUCGGUUUGAUGUGCGUGCACAUCUAGAUUAUAUACCGCCAGUACCACGCACCAACCCGGAUCAGCCCGAUCAGCACGAAGAUGAUACGGACGAACGUGCGAUGAACUACGAACGGUACCGUGUGUUGGCACAGAACGAAUUUCUCGGCAUCGUUGAAGAAAAGUACCUUCACCAACUAUACCUCGAGGAGCAGUUUGGUGUGAAUGCACAGAUCGAGGCAGAAACGAAGGCAGCGGCCGCUGCAGCUAAGAAGAAAUCUUCCGCCGGUGCAGCUAUUGGCUACACGUACGAGGAAACGGAAACGGUCCCUGGUGGCUCUGGUUCGAGUCUCGUUUCCGGUGGUCUCGGAACGGCAACCGUACCCUUUGUACAAUCCAUAACAGCAAUCGAAAAGGCCUCCGAAUCGUCGGCCCCCUUAGCUACCUCGAGUGGAUCCGCUGCAGCCCGGUUUGAUGAGUGCAUGAAGGAUGAUUCGGACUCGGAUUUGGAUAUGGAUGUGUCGAUUGAUAUAAACAAAAUCGGCACAAACCAAGCGCACGAGCUGAACACUUGCGGGCGACAGUACGGCAUGAAGAGCAAUGAUUUCUAUUCCUUCCUAACGAAGGAUGCUGACGAAGCGGACGCACUGCGGAUGGCACGAGAGGAGGAGCAGGAAAAGAUUAUGUUCAGCGGGCGUAAGAGUCGUCGGGAACGGCGGGCUCAACGCGAACGGAAAGUUGCGGGACGCCCGUUAAGUCCACCGAGCUACGCAGCCAAAGAGGAGCUGGUGCCGCGCACAUUUGUCGAAGCGAACGAUAGUUCCCGGUCACCUUCGCCCGUGAACUCGGGCAAGAUAACCUACAUUACGUCGUUCGGUGGGGAGGAAGAAUUGCAGCCACACGGAAAGAUUUCGUUCGGCUUUACGCGUGAAAUGAGUACCCUCGGUGGAAUUGCUGGUACGUCAAAGGCGGCACGAUUGCGUUCUGGAGCUGCCGGCACAGAAGCGGCCGGCGGAUUAAGCUAUGCGGACAAGGUGAAGCAAAAUUUGGAAAAGCUCAAAACACAACAAUCGAAAGAGAGCGAUCGAAAGCCUCCGGUGCAGUAUCAGCGAUCGGCCGCUAGUGGUGGACGAGGUAGAAGUAGUAGAAGCAGCAGCAGAAGUAGCAGUCGCAGCCGAGGCAGAAGCCGCCGACGUCGAAGAAGUUCUAGCAGUAGCCGAAGCCGUAGCCGUAGUCGGAAUCGAAGCCGUAGCAGGAGUCGAAGGCGUUUGAGAAGCACCGCAGCUGGAAGAAGCCGAUCGCGAUCGAGGAGUGGUGGUCGAGGUACAGCACGCUCUACUUACUCACGGUAUCGGAGGCGUUCGAAAUCAAAGUCGCGAUCACGCUCACGAACAAGAUCUCGAUCACAGUCGCGCACACGUUCGAAAGCUUCUCGCUGGAGCCCGAGACGAAGGUAUCCGGUUGGGCAAUCGGCAGUCCGACGCAAACACACACCGUCACGGUCUUCCUCUUCUUCAUCAUCAUCUACCUCAUCGUCACGAUCACGCUCCCGUACGCCAGUACGCCGUUCCCAAGCGUCCCGAGCGAAACGUAGAUCGGGCUCGAAAGCGGACAGUGAUUCUUCGCGCAUAUCUAAAAAGCCAUUACCGACGUUGCCGACGAUUACCACGUCAGCUACACACGAAAAACCAUCCCUUGUUGUGCCACAUACACUUCUGGGUACGCUUCCGCCACCACCACCUCCUCCGCUUCCGGUAGCUACCGAAAGUGCGGUAGAUGAGAAGAAACCUCUUCCGGUGCUGGCGUUAAUUGAGCCAGAACCGGAAGUACCUAUCAAGCGGUACUACGGCCGGAGAAGGGGCGACGAAAGCUCGAGCGAUGAAGCGAGCACCUCUGGGGAGGACACGAACGGUGACGAUCGUAAACCGACGAUAGUUCCUGCGCUACAAGUUACCGAUUCUACUAGAGCAGACGACACGGUUGGCACGGGAAGCGUCAUUAAAUCCACCUUCGACACGACGGUACAGAUAAAGCAGGAAAAACCGGACCCGAUCGAACAGCCCGCUGUAGGACCGACCGGCGGUGGCGGUAGUAGCACAUCGUUAAGGUUUGGUAAAACGGUCACUGGUGGCACCAGCGUUCCCGAAUCCAAAGUCGGUACGGGGGUUAGUUCCACUGCUGUCACCGCUGGUCUUACAUCGAAGUCGGUUAACCCGCGCGAUCGCCUAAAGCGCAAGAUGCAGAUCCUGCUGAACAAACAAUACAAAGCGGACAAGAAGGCUGAAAUUGAGAAAGUGGAGCGCCAGAUACAGCAGCAGCAGGAACGUGAUGAUGAGAUGCGCGAACUGGCACUGAAGCUGAGGCGUCGGCAACGUGAGCUGCGUCACAAGUACGGUACACCGGAGAGUGAGCAUAGCAAAUCGCACAGCUCACAGGAAGAACGCAGUUCGGACGAGGGUGACGAUGCGGGCAGUAAGCCACAACCGCCGCCGCAAAGGCAACGGUUUGAUCAACCACCCGGCGAGGAUGGUACGACAUCACCAAGAAGACUCCCGUUAUUAGUUCCACCCCUAACGUCGGUUCCGCCACCGAAGAUGGCAUUGCAUUCCCGGCCUCCACCAUCGUUGCCGGCCGGUGGUGGUCCGCCGAUGGGUUCCGGUGGUGGACCAGGCUACCGAAACAGUGUCGUCAUCGAGCGUAAACCGGUGCUGCGAAGUGCGUCCAAUUUCGGUGCCCAAUCUGCUGACCACACGGGUUCGUACGGUGGGGACAUUGGUGGACGGUUGAGACGUCGCCAGUCCCCCGCACAGAGCGUUAGUAGCACAUCCACAUCGAGAGGGUACGGUGGAACGGGUGGUGGUAUGUCUCCGUCGAUGAAUCUUCGACGUGGCGGUGCUGGAGGUAGUCGGUUUGAUGAUCGUAAUCGUAGAAGAUCGCCACCAGCGUCGCGAUACGAUCGAACACGAUCGAAAUCGAGAGAUCGUUUGACGUCGCGCGAUACGGGACCAAAUCCUGGCGGGAGUGGUAGCCGUGGCCGUCGAACGGAUUACAGUCGUACGAGAGGAGAUUACGACCGUUAUCAGGGUGGUUAUGGUGGAGGUGGACAAGGACAGCAGUCGGGUUAUGGUGGUGGUGGAGGAGGCAGUCGCUACCGUGGCCGAAGAUCACGCUCCGGAUCACGCGGACGUCGAUCACGAUCAUCGGAGCGACCAACGACACGAGGGAAUGGUGGUAGCAGUGGGUCUGGAAAUGUCGCUUCCGGCCGGCAGUCGAAUCGUUCUCCGAAACCGUUGAAGAAGUUGGUAGACUACUGACAUCAAGCUUUCCGCUGUUUGGCAAACCUUUUAGGGUUUGUUAUUUUUUCUUUAUGUGUUCCCAUUUGUUUUCUGUUCCUAUUUCUUACAAAUCUCGUAACCUCUUACCUCAGCAUUAUCGUACGAAUGGUGGGUGCAUCAAACUAGAAGGGUGAACUGUUUUUGCCAGUUUAUAGGUAUGAUUCAAAUUUGGUUUCAAAAUGCUACUGCCAGUUCCUUUUGUUUUGUGGGAAAUGGUCCAGUUGGAUUGAAGAAAAUUGAAACAAUUUAACAUUCGAAGCAUAGCUAGUUUGGUAGUUUAAUGCAUCUACAUUUUAAUCUUUUUCUUUAGUGGCUUGAUAACCAUUGUAGACCAUGGUGCCUGCCACAGUACAUAUGGCACUUUGGCACCACAUACUGCCUACAACUGGUUGGUUCGGGCGUGGUAUACCAGCUGACCAGCCAGGUCUCCGAUUGGAUCUGUUAAGCGACCAUGAGUCGUCUAUACUCUUACAACAGUAAGAUUUGCAUCACUUGAUUGUACGAUUGUUACAUACAUACAUUAUCACCUCUGCAUACAACAUAAACACCUCUUUUUAUACAUCCUAUUGCAUACUAAUACACCAAUUCAGGUUACAGCUACAAUUAGCUUUCGCGCGUUGGAGCUUUUGUUGUUGUGGGGGAAAAAGGGAAGAGGGGUUGGGAUUAGGGAAUGAGUUCCUACUGCUGCGAUUGUUUUUCGUUUUUGUCAAUGAUAAAAGAACUGCACGUACACUUUUCACCUCUGGUAUACAUAAUACAGAAGAAGGGUUAUUAAAAUACA